UUUGCAGAAAUCAAGGCUGCCAACCACCAGCUUGCAUCUGCUAUUUUCUCAAGGGACAACGAGGAUGAACAGAGCCUGUCUCUGUGUCAGGUGCUAAAAUCCAACCAAUCAGAUGAAACCACCAAAGAAGAAUCCAGCAAUGUGACUUUGUGCCUGCCUGUUCUAUCUCUCGAUGAUCCUAACCCCGAGACCAUCACAGUGGAGCAAAAUGGCCUGUGGACGAUCAGCAGUCACUCGCAUGAACAUGAUUUCGGCACUGCAAAUAGGAAUUCAGAGACAGCAACGAACCCUCUAACCUUACCGAAGAAAAACUUGGGGAGAAGGGAAGAGGUUGGAGAAGCCAUAUUUGGGGAACUCAGCUCAUCUAAACAGCACAAUGACUUUGAAUCCUGCUUUGACUUUGAAGUGGACCCCAUGAAAAUUGACUUGAUGAGAUUCAGUGAAACGUUAUUUGGUGAAAAUGACAAGCAGGAAAAUGUUCAAAACUGCAAUAGAAGCCAGGCCACCCCAAACUUACAGCAAGCAGAGGCUGAUGCUCAGUGCCCGUGUAUGGAUGGCCCCUUCCUCCGAGUCCCACCAGCUUUCCAUUCGGAUGGACAGUCACUGGCUUCCUGUGAUUUCAUGAUGCCCAGCAUCACUGAUCCCCACUGUUCCAAUACUGAUCUAAACAACAUCAUGGAAUCCACUCAGUCACACAUACUAGACAAUUCUGGCGUGAUGGACAGCAACAGAAGUGAGGAAGACUGUAUGGAUUUGCAGUCCCUUUCAGUAUCAUUUUGGGAAGCUGGGGAUGAAGGUGCAGAAAGCUGCAAGCUGAAUUUUAGCAGUGCAUUUGUAACCUACGGCAACAGUGGCAGCCUUGAUGCCAUCAAAAACCAGCAGUUCAACAAUCAUCCCAUUGCUCUUAGUACAGAUGUGGGACAGUCAAACUGCUCGAGAUAUGAUAAUAUGGAGAGCAUCCAUAGAGACUCCAGAUCUACAUGUGAUCCACAUCUGGACACCCUUAGCAACUCAAGUUAUCACAUAGAUAGUAGAAAACCCUGUAAACCAAAUUAUUGCAGCAAGAAAAAGAUGGACCUUGCGAUCCCAUAUAAUGAAAGAUACAAUGCAGAUACUUUCACAACUGUGUGCCCUAAUCUUGCCAGCCUUGACCUAAUCAGAAGGAACACAGGAGGUGAGAAUGAUGCUGGCAGAGACCUGAGUAAGUUGAGAUCCUGCAGCUAUGAACUGGUAAGAUCUGGCACCAGCUCCAUGUUGUAUGACGAUGAUGCAGAACAAAAUGCUCUGAAGGAGCUUAGAUUAGAUGGCAUCUCCACACUAGAAGACAAUGCCCUGUGUUACAAGAGCUACACUUCAGGUUAUCAGAGAAAACCCACUGGCUUUGUCCAUACGUUUUCCAAUUCGUGUCACAGUCAUCAAGGAGCCUCAGAGUGCAUACAAAGGGAUUCAGAACAGCAGGCUGGGCUGCAGGGAUCAGGAUAUUGGAAACCCAUGUCAGACAUCCCAGAAAGCCAUCUGCAUAACCAUUGUGGUGCUCUGAAUUCAGCGUCCAUCCAGAACUCGUGCGGAGCUCACAUGAAUCAGAACCUCUUUACAGGGGUAGCCAGAGCUUUCCCAGCCUCAAACGCAAAAAGACACCUUAAGUGUAUAUUAACCCCGGCUCUAGAAGAGGACUGGUUAUUUGAUGAGAUUGAGUUAAAAUGACAGGCGGGUUAGGGUUAUCAGUUUAACAUAUGCAUGGAACUUUAUACCUGCCUUGUAUAUUAAAUAUUUUGUGCCUAGUGAUGGACAAAAUGACGCUUCA